GAUUCCUUCUUGAGCUGCGGCCACUCUUGCUGAUCAUGCUUUUCGGAGCGCUUCCGGCACGCGAAGCUGGCGGGCCGGCCGGCCGUGUGUGAGCGAGCGUCAGCCGCUCCUCGCCUCAGGCAUCCCGGCUCAUCUCCAUCCCAUCCGGCCGAGGCGCAGCACCGCCCUCUUCGUUCCCCGCAAGCCCACCGGCCCGCCCUUUGCUAGACGGCGGAGUCCCGGCCCAGGCGCGACACGGGAUCCCAGGGGCGGCGGGGCAGCCGGCGGGCCCCCGCUUGGCACGGCCCGCCGCUCUGGGUCGGGGCUGCCGCCGCCCGUCUGCGAGGGGCGGCCAGCCUCCGCCGGCACCCCGCCACCCUCACUCCCCACGCCGGGCCCCGGCUGUGGCCCCCGCAGCAGCAGCAGCAGCAGCAGCAGCAGCUCGGCGGUGUCUGCGCGGCUCUCGCCCUCCUUCCCUGCCCCAGAGUAGCCGCGCUGCCUGCAGGCUGGCCACUCGUCUGGUAGAGCUGAAGGCUUGAGCACGCGGCUCCAUCUGACGGACGCCAGCCCAGGUAGCUGGCUUGGCGCCCCUCUCUCUCCUACUGCCCCGCCCGAGAACCACGCAGCCCGCGAGCAGCAGCAGGCCAUUCGUCAGGUAGAGCUCCGCCUGAUGGAAGGCCAGCCGGCAGGGCAGGCAGCGAGGCUCGGGGAGGGUGGGGACGCUGGCUGCCGCAGCCCGGCCGCGCGCUGCUCUCUGCUCUGGGCGGGACUCCGGCCCCGCCGCCGCGUCCCGGAGCUCCUCCCGUGCCAACGCAGAAGCGAGGGACGCUCUAGCCUCCUCCACGCCCCGUCCCCGCAGCUCUAUGGCCGGAAGGUGGACUCUCUGGGCUCCCCGUGACAGGAAGUGGCGGGGCGGGGCCUCCCCGGCCUCUGGCGGCGGCGCUGAUUGGCUGGCGCUCCGGUUUGAACGCAGAGGCGGCGGCGGCUCGGUCGAGACGAGAAAGAGGGAGAAAGCCUGGAGGCGGAUUUGACCUCUCAUCAUGGCUCCAAAGAAGAGGACCACACGAUGUACCAAUAAGAAUUCUGUGAAAAGCAAAAAGGUGGAUGCGUUUCUAAAGGAUUUCGACCAGGAAGUCAAGACACGGGUUGACCGGAUCAGGGCGGAAGGCGAGAUCCUUCUGAAGGAGAUCAGCACCCUCUACAACAUGGAAGUCCUCCGCCUCCCGACGGCCCUGAGGGACAUGAACUGGCUCACCUACCAUGCUCUCGGUGGAAGCGAAAAGGCCCUGGAGCAGGCAGCCUCGGUGGACUUGGACAUCCUGGAGAUUACCAAGGCGGCGUCUGAAGCUGUGCAGACUCCUCUCAAAACCCUCCAGAAAGCUAAGAAAGUGAAGAAGGCGGUUGAGACCAUAGAAGAAGGAGAAGAGGAGAUGGACGCCCCACGCCUGCCUGCGGGGAAGAGGUUCCGGCAGGAGGGCGGCAUUUCGGGGGCAGCAGAGCCAGUGCCUGUGGCAGCCCAUCCUCGCCACAAACUGGAGAAGGCCAAGAGCGGCACCAAGAAGGCCCCGGCUCCCAAAAGCAGCAGGCCUCCCUCGGCCCGGCCCGUUCGCCUCAGUAAAAGGCUGAUGAGCAAAGCAAGCUUUGACACUCCGGCCAGCCAGGGAGCCCAGCCUGCCCCCACCGGCACGGCCUUUGCCACAAAGUUUGAUUCCAGCGUGUUCAAGACCCCCGGCCUGCGGGCCCCUGCCGCUCACGAGCGCGUCUUCAGCAUCUCUGCCAACGGGAGCCCUCUGGCCGACAGCAACGACAUCUUCAUCACUGUCCCCCUCAGCGGAGGGGAGAGCCUCCGCCUGAGAGCCAGCGAGCUCUCCAAGCACAACUUGCUGCACCUGAGCCAGGACGCCCUGGGCAGCGUGAAGAAGCUCUCGGCUCAGCUGGUGACUCUCUGCGGCAGCCUCAAGAGCCAGAAGUGAGGGCAGCCGUCUCCACCCGCCGGGCCACUCCGGGCCUCCGCGGCUCUUCGUUGUCUCUGCUUGUUUCUAAGUACUGGUUGGGAAUAAAGGCUUUGGGGUUGCGUGCAAAGCACCCGGCUGGCGAUUCCUUGCCUGGAGCUCCUGCCCUCCGGACUGCUGCGCUUUCUCCUCUCUGCAGAUCACAGCAGGCAGCACAAAGACCGGCCUCUCCUGGCGGAGGCCUUCCUGCCCCGGAGCCUUGGAGACCCCUCUUCUCAGUCUGGCUUUGCAUUUCGCCUGGUUUUCCUCUUCAUGAGCUGUAAUCUGGUUUCAGUGUUUUCUGUCUUCGGGUAGACUGCCCUGAGCCCCUUUAGCAAGCUGGUGGAUGUACACAGAACUAAAAAAGGAAAUAAACGCUUUUAGAAGAUCA